CUCAUGGCUAGCGCUACCAGAGUCAUUCGUGGCCAGCCACCCUCGCCGCCCGAAUCGACGGAUCAGAACACGGUGGCUGAUGCCAACCAAGACUUCCAUGGUAUACUUUCGCCAAAUUUCGGACAGAAUGAGCAUUUCUCGGCUGCAGACCUUCAUACAAACCAUGUUUUAAGCGAGGUGAAAUACGACACAGCAUCAUUUGUAAGUUUCACAGUUAUACAAUUUAUACUCGCUGGGCAGGCACUAACCUGGCUUCAGAAUUAUCUUUCCCCUCCUUCACAGUUUAUCGACACGCCACCAUCCACAGCAGACGACUGUCAUGUUCCUGGAAGCCUAAGUUCGGCACCGCAGUGGUCAUCGCCUCAGAGUCAGAGGCAGCCCCCUAGACCAAGGGUCGCCAGGCCUCCCAGAAUGCGGCGCAAGGGCCGGAAGUUGAAGGACCGAGAGUCCAGGCCUCACGUUGACAAGCCGUUGAGCGAGUUGACCAAGCACUUGACCCAUAUCCCAAUCAAGGACAUGGAAAGUUGGGUGCAUCGCUCCGUGGAAACUCGUCGCCAGGAAGUUGCAAAGAAAAAUGGCAAGAUUGCCCGGCCGAUGAACUCCUUCAUGCUCUACCGGUCUGCAUUUGCGGAGCGAGCAAAAGAAUGGUUCUCGCAGAACAACCACCAGGUGGUCUCUGAGGCUGCCGGCGAUAGCUGGAAACUGGAGCCUGCAGAGAUCCGUGGGAAAUACGAGCAUCUGGCGACUGUUGAGAAGGCCAACCAUCUAAAAGCACAUCCCGGCUACAAGUUCUCCCCGGCAAAGGAUAAGAAGAAACGGGCGGGUGUCGACGAUGAUGGUCACUUGGCAAAUACUCCUGAUUCCAGCCCAGCUCUGCUACAAAGCCAUGGCAUGAGCUCGUCAGAGGUGGAGAGCAGUGGAUGGGGCAGCCGUGACUCCACUCCCUUUGACUUUGCGGAACACGGCUUGCCUGCAGCAGAGCCGUAUUUUCUUUCGUCUUCACCUUGGCACGCACCUCGGGGUUCCAUGUCAGGCUAUAUGCCUUCCUCGGACCCAUCUCCGUACCUAAUGCAUUCGACACAAUCGGGCUACAUGUCUCACCAGGGCGACUUUCGGUUCAAGCGGCCGAGUUUCCAGGACAUCUCGUACAAUUCAUCAACUUCUCUGGCAGGAUUGCCAGGAGCGUCUCACCACGACCUCCUCCAGCCCGCCAGCUCUGCUUCUACUCCGGGGAGCGGUCAGCUAGACCCCCAACUUCUGACCCUCCCAAACGAGCUUCCGAGUUCCAAUCAGAUCUAUGGCGUCCAUCAGCCAUUGUGGCCUGAUGCAUCGACAGUCAACGGUUAUGUUCCCAUGACAACUCCGAUGCCACCAAGCUCAGUCGCCUAUCAGGCGGGCUCAAACUACUCAUCGGCAUCCGACAUGCAAGACCUAGAAGGUCGCGGCACAUGGGAUUCGCCUAAUGAUGCCAAAUUGGAGGGCUCAGCUGGCGACCUCAAUUCCUGGAUGUCAUACUGA